UUCGCGCUUCUGUGUAAAAUUUCGAUGUUGUCGUAAACAAAACUUUUAAAGCAAGCAAAUAACAGUUUAAAGUGUUUGAAACAUUAUUGUACACUUUUAGUUAUGGCUACAGAGGACAUAAGUGCAUUUUUAAAAGCAUUAGACGCCGUUAAACAGGACCAUACUUGUCCUAUUUGCUCAGAACUAUGCAAGGAUCCCGUUACUUUGAGUAAAUGUUUUCAUGUGUUAUGCGCUGCCCAUUUCAAAGAUUUAAAGUUUUGUCCCGUAUGCAAAAUAUCACUAGACGGAUGUUCUACGUUUUCCGACGACCGCCUGAACAGAAGUAUCGCAUCUGUUGCUGAAUUGGGUAGAAUUUUCGAGAAGUUUAAACCAGAAGAAUUUAGAUUAACUAAGACCGCAAGUGUUACAAAUGCACCUGUUUCCAAAUCAAAAACAGAUAAUGCUCCUAGUUCUGGGACGAAAAAGGUUGGUAAAAAUCCUCUUUCGGAUAAAACUAAUCUGGGAAAGCCAGACAUGAAUUCUUCUUUACUAUCUUCUGUGAGCUUGAAAACAGCUGAAAAACGUAAUACUAAAGGUGAAACUAUGCUUCAUAUCGCAUGCCGAUUAGGUAAGCUCGAUAAAGUCACGGAUUUACUAAACCAGGGUGCAAAUCCUAAUACUAAAGAUAAUGCGGGUUGGACACCGUUACAUGAAGCUGUUCAAAAUGGUCGACUAGACUUGGUCACCUUGUUAUUGCAGUAUAACACUUUGAUAAAUGUACCAGGUCAGGGUAAUGAGACUCCAUUGCAUGAAGCUGUGAGAUAUAAUCAUAUAGAAAUAGCAAGGGAAUUGGUGAGGAAUGGUGCUGAUGUACAUAUGAGGAAUUGUAAAGGAGAGACUCCUUUGGAGCUAGCUGUUGGCGAGAUGAAGAAAACAUUGUUAUCAGCGUCUGAGGAUGUUAUACAAACUCAGACUGUGAACUUAGCUCAUAUAUCUACUUUAUACUCUGAACUAGAUGCUGAAGAUAUAAGAGUAUACUGUGGAUCUGAGUACCGUACUGUACAUAAUAAACUUAAGUUGCUAGCGAAGCAUCACAGUAAUUUACAUGUAGAAGUAAAGUUUACGAAGAAAGUAACCCAUUUAGUUGUAGAUGCAGAGGAUGAUGGUGUUUCUCCAUCAAGUUUAGAUCUUCUUCAAGGAAUAGUCAGUAAUAUCUGGAUAAUAUCAUCACAGUGGAUCACAAAGUCCACCGAUACCAAAUUGGUGCAAUUUGACCAGUACGAAAUAACAGGAGUUGGUUCUAAAACAUAUAAUGGGCCUAAGAAUUCAAGAUACAACAAGUAUAAGCAAUUACCAGGUCUCUUUAAUGGUUGCCAUAUUUAUUUACACAAUUUUAAUACAAAAUAUGAGAUUACAAAGUCUAUAGUUGUAACUAAGGCUAUACUGACCAAGUUGAUAACAGACGCAGGUGGAAUCGUUCUCAGACGUGUUCCAAAUCCCGAAUCUAUACCAGAAUCGGAGAAAUUGAUACCGUAUCAUGCGAAAAAAGAUGGAAAAUUGAGUAAUUGUUCACAUUAUAUAAUUUUUAAGGAUGUUUACGAACCGAUGUAUAAUAUGAAGCAUUUGAAGGCGUUGCCAGUUGGUUGGCUGAUUGAGUGUUUUGAAAAAUAUGAAUUAUGUGAACCUAUUGAUUAUAAUUAUGUAUAACUGCACACCUGACCCAAUACUGCACAGUAUAUGAUAUUGAAACCUUUUAAGAACUGAGCUUAUGCCAUCUUAAAAGGCCUGACGCAUUUAAAAUUCCCCUGGUGUUGUGGGUGCUUAUGCGCGGCGUUAUCGCCUAUAAAAGAACAGUUUAAUCUGAUAAAUCGUUCAGUCUAGUGGCUUAGCACACAACUUUACUUCCGAUGGUCGCAAGUUCAAUUUUUCGCACGGUACUAACAUUUAUAUUCAUGACUAUGAUUGAUUGUAUAGAUCCCAGUGUUUUCUAUGUAUUUACAAAAAGUCUAUGAAUUUAUAUCAAUAGAUAUUACUGGUACUAGACAACUUUAGUAUCCAUAACAUAAGUUCUGCUUAGCUUGAGACUAGAUGGCGCUGUGAGUUCUCCAGAGUUAUUUUUAUUGUUAAUGUUUGUCAAUCAUCCCUAGUUUAUUAUAUUGUUAAGAAGCCAUGUAAUUGUGAUAAAUGAGCAAUAACUCAUUAUUUAUUUUAAUGUGUCAU